GCAACCCCUCAGUCUUCAAGCCGCAAAAAGCAGAAGACACUGGAAUAACCAUGCCUGAGGCUCCUGCAGCAAAACCGGAGGGGGAGGGGACGGGGAAUACUGAGCUCACUGGGCUCUUUGUGGAGAAGCCCCCAGAUAGUGUAGUCGCCAUCACAGGGACGGAUGUCACUUUCGUUGCCAAGGUUGACUCAAGCACCCUGACAAGGAAGCCCACCAUGAAAUGGCUGAAGGGCAAGUGGCUUGACCUUGGCAGCAAGGCCGGGAAGCAUCUGCAGUUCAAAGAAACCUAUGACAGAAAUACCAAGAUCUACACUUAUGAAAUGAAGAUCAUCAAAGUGGUCCCUGGUGAUGCUGGGGGAUACAGGUGCGAGGUGACAGCCAAAGACAAGUGUGACAGCAGCACCUUUGAGAUCUCUGUUGAGACUGCACAGCAGGAGGAGCAUGAGGAUAUUUUGUCUGCCUUCAAGAGAGCGGAUGCCGGAGAGGAUGAGGGAGAUCUGGAUUUCAGCGCUUUGCUAAAAGCCACUAAGAGGAAGAAGAAACCUGUAGAGGAGAAACCACAGAUAGACGUGUGGGAGCUUCUUAAAAGUGCCCAUCCCAGCGAGUAUGAGAAAAUUGCCUUUGAGUAUGGCAUCACUGACCUGAGGGGCAUGCUGAAACGUCUGAAGAAGAUGAAAGCUGUGGAGCCGAAGCACAGCGAGGCUUUCCUGAAGAGGCUUGAAUCCUGCUACUCAGUGGAGAAAGGAAAGAAGAUCGUUUUGACCUGUGAGGUGGUCGAUCCCAACGCCCAGGUCAAGUGGCUGAAAAAUGGACAGGAGAUCAAACCUUCAGCCAAGUAUGUCAUGGAGGCAAAUGGCAACAUCAGGACGCUCACCAUCAAUAAGACGACCCUGGCUGACGACGCUGCAUACGAGUGUGUGAUCGGCGAGGACAAGUGUUUCACAGAGGUGUUUGUCAAAGAGCCCCCUGUGACCAUUACCAAGCUGAUGGAUGACUACCACGUCGUUGUGGGAGAGAGAGUGGAGUUUGAGAUUGAGGUGUCUGAGGAGGGCGCCCACGUCAUGUGGUUCUUUGAGGAGCAAGAACUUCAUAGAGAUGCACAAUCAACAAAGUAUCGCUUUAAGAAAGAUGGGAAGAAGCACACACUCAUCAUCCAGGAGGCGACCCUGGAGGACAUAGGAAUGUACCAUGCCUGGACCAAUGGAGGGCAUACCAAAGGAGAGCUGGAAGUGGAAGAGAAGGAGCUGGAGGUGUUGCAGGACAUUGCUGAUCUGACGGUCAGGGCGACAGAUCAGGCCGUGUUCAAGUGUGAGGUGUCUGACGAGAAGGUGACAGGGAAGUGGUUUAAAGACGGCGUGGAGGUCCUGCCAAGUAACCGCAUCAAGAUGUCUCACAUUGGAAGGGUGCAUCGACUGGUUAUUGAUGAGGUGAAGCCAGAAGAUGCAGGAGACUACACAUUUAUUCCUGAUGGAUAUGCUCUGUCACUUUCUGCCAAACUUAACUUCUUGGAAAUCAAGAUCGACUAUGUGCCUAGACAAGAUCCUCCCAAGAUCCACUUGGACACCACCGGCAACAUGGUCUCCCAAAACACCAUCAUCGUCGUGGCGGGUAACAAGCUCCGUCUGGACGUGGAGAUCACAGGGGAGCCGGCACCCACCGUUGUGUGGUCAAAAGGAGAUCAAGCAAUCACAGAGAGCACAGGGCGCGUGAGGGUGGAGUCCAGAAAGGAUUUGAGCUGCUUCGUCAUAGAGGGAGCAGAGAGGGACGAUGAGGGCAACUACACCAUCUGUGUCACCAACCCUGCUGGAGAGGACAAGGCUGUGCUGUUUAUAAAGAUCGUAGAUGUGCCUGACCCCCCUGAGCAAGUCAAGUGCACCUCAGUGGGAGAGGACUGUGCCACCAUCACCUGGGAGCCACCCGCAUUCGAUGGUGGUGCACCAAUCAAGGGCUAUCUCAUGGAGAGGAAGAAGAAAGGUUCCUCCAGAUGGACAAAGCUCAACUUUGAUGUAUAUGAAUCAACCACGUAUGAGGCUAAGAGGAUGAUUGAGGGCGUGCUCUAUGAGAUGAGGGUGUUUGCUGUCAACAGCAUCGGUCUGUCUCAGCCCAGCCUCAACUCCAAACCCUUCAUGCCUAUCGCUCCAACUAGUGAGCCAACUCGACUGGUGGUGCAUGAUGUGACAGACAGCACAUGCACUCUGAAGUGGCUUGCCCCUGAGAGGAUAGGAGCUGGAGGCCUGGAUGGAUAUGUUAUUGAAUACUGCAAGGAAGGAGACACUGAGUGGGUGGUGGCAAACAAGGAACUGUGUGAGAGGCAGGGCUUCGUGGUGCGUGGCCUCCCUGUGGGGGAGAAGAUCAACUUCAGGGUGGUGGCUGUAAACAUCGCCGGGCGCAGUCCUCCUGCUACACUGGGGCAGCCCGUCACCAUCCGCGAGAUCAUGGAGCUGCCCAAGAUCCGACUUCCUCGCGAGCUGAGAACCAAAUACAUCAGGAGAGUGGGCGAGAAGAUCAACCUGGUCAUCCCCUUCCAGGGUAAGCCACGCCCUGUUGCAACAUGGUACAAGGAUGGCCAGCCUGUUGACACCAAGACGAUCGGUGUCCGUAACUCCAAUGUGGACAGCAUCCUUUUCAUCCGCUCUGCAGAGAGAGACCAUUCUGGAAAAUAUGAGCUGGUUCUGCAGAUUGAGAACAUGGAGGACCGGGCUACCAUUGAAAUAAGGAUUGUUGAGAAGCCUGGGCCUCCUAUAAAGGUGAGAGUGACAGACGUCUGGGGCUUCAACGCAGCUCUGGAGUGGGAUCCUCCCAAGGACAAUGGCAACUGUGACAUUACCGGUUACACCAUCCAGAAGGCAGACAAGAAGACCAAGGAGUGGUUCACCGUUUAUGAGCACAACAGACGAACAAACUGCACAGCUUCAGAUCUGAUCAUGGGCAAUGAGUACAUGUUCCGAGUCUACAGCGAAAACCUCUGUGGCCUGAGUGAGGACCCCGGCCUCAGCAAGGACACGGCUGUUAUUGCCAAGACAGGCCUGGUACACAACCGUGCACCCUACAAGGAGAUGGAUACGACCUGUGUGCCCAAGUUCACACAACCCCUGGUUGACAGGUCUGUGGUGGCUGGUUACAGCACCGCCAUCAGCUGCUCCGUCCGAGGCUUCCCCAAGCCUAAGAUCAUCUGGAUGAAGAACAAGAUGAUCAUUGGCGGAGAUCCCAAGUACAUUAUGCAGAACAACCAGGGGGUGCUGACCCUCAACAUCCGCAAGCCAAGCACCUUUGACGGGGGCAAGUACUCCUGCAUGGCCGUCAACGAGCUGGGCCAGGCCGAAGUGGAGUGCGUUCUCCAGAUCAGACCUCCCACAGACCCCAGCAAGGAGGGGAAGUAAGAAAAUCAACAGCAAGGAAUGUCAAACGAUAUGAGCCAAAUUAAUAACAAUGAAUGUCAGUAUGUAUGCAGUGUCAGGAAAACAUUGAAUAAAAUUUAC